AUGCAAACUUCCGAUCCAACGUUUCCUCUCUUUCCUAUUCUCUCUUUCCUCGGUUUCGCACUCAGUGUAAUCCCAUUACCGUGGCAUUUUCAAGCAUGGAACUCCGGCACUUGUGCCUUCAUGCUCUGGGUUGGAUGCUUUUGCUUGAUACUUUUCAUCGACUCCUUGAUUUGGGCCGACAAUGCAAUAAAUAGUAUCCCCGUGUGGUGCGAUAUCACGUCCCAAAUCAUAGCUGGUGCUGGCGUCGGUAUUCCGGCGUCCACCCUCUGCAUCAGUCGACGGUUAUACCGUCUCACUUCCACCCGAACUGUAUCAAUCACGCGUGAUGAUAAACGGCGAGCAAUCUAUGAGGAUGUAGCUAUCGCGGUCGGACUGCCUAUCUUGGUGCUUCUUUUGCAUAUGAUUGUUCAAGGUCACCGUUUCGAUAUAAUUGAGGAAUAUGGGUGUUCACCUACUACGUACAAUACUCUUCCGGCAUACUUCUUGUACUAUAUGUGGCCUGUGCUCAUUGGUCUGGUCUCGUUUGUAUACUCAAGCCUCACGCUUCGAACUUUCUACAUACGACGUCUCCAGUUCACUCAGAUCGUUUCCGCCAACAGUACCAUUAGUCCAAGUCGCUAUCUUCGACUAAUGCUCCUCGCCCUGAUCGACAUUAUGUGUACUAUACCUGUAGGCAUCUAUAUCAUCUUCAUUGGGUUAGAUGGAGUGCCAUUAGCGCCUUGGAUAUCCUGGAACGAUACACACUUCGAUUUCAAUCGAGUGGUCUUAAUCCCCUCUGCUGUUUGGCGUAGCAACACGUCAAAUUACACUGCUGUCCAAAUUAAUCGAUGGCUCCCCAUUGUUUGCGCCUUCAUCUUCUUCGCGCUAUUUGGAUUCGCAGAAGAAGCGAUGAAAAACUACCGCCGCGCAUUCUGGUUUUUCGCCAUGCCGCUGGGUUUCCGUCCUUCGUCAGAGGGAAGAUCAAAAAACGGGAAAGGUAGCAUGCUUGCUGGGUACGUGUUUUCAUUUCUUUUUGUGCCUCUCCACAUUUGA